ACAUGUAUGAAUAAAUAAGUCAUAAAUAAAUACAAUUAGAACAGAGCUAUUUAUCAAACCAAAAUUGCAUUUGUGUGAAAAAUUAUGGAUCAACGCAAUGAAGUGCGCAGCCUCGCUGAUAUCAUUGAUAGCCAGAGCCUCUCCGGGAAAACUCUGAUCUGCACUGACAGCGACAGCGAUAGCAUUGAGGAGGACGACGAUUCGUCAACUGACCUAGAUAUAGGGCUUGCCGCAAGCAACUUAACACUGAGCGCCGACAACCAGCUAACGUACACGCGUCAGUACUACGGUAUGCAAAGCAUGGCCACGCUGAGAGUUUUGGAUGUCCUCAUCAAUGUCUUGGAGUACCAGGCCUGUGCCAGUGAUGCGAAGCUCUUGAUGUUUGCAGCGGCGGCCCACAGCGAUGGAUAUCGCAGCAACUUGGUGCCUGUGCCAUCUAUUUUUAUGGGCGACGCAUUCUACGAUAUCGACGGAUUGCGUCGCAUCGUCUCCUCCUGGCCCAGCUCUCACCGUCUGCUGCAAAGCCUGAGUUCCAACUACCGAAUCAAUCACUUGGCCGAAACAGACAUCAGCCACAUUCAUCUGCUCCACUGGAUUCUUGUGUGGCAGGCGUAUCCGAGUCUACGGCGCGUCGACGGCGGUGAAUUGCGUUGGCUGUGCAAGAAAAUGAAUCUAAAGCGCCCACUGCUCAAUCCUGGCUACAUUCUGCAAGUAAUUUACAAGGACGAUCCGCGCUGCUAUUGGAAGUCGACCAGUCCUCAUGCCUACUUUGGGUGUCCGCUGUACUUUCUUUACCGAUUGCUAAUAAUGCGCGACACGCCCAGACCGAUGCAUCUGUACGAGUUGCCAGAGUUGGCAGCCGCUCAGUGCUCCGACACAAAUUGCAGUGGCUGGAUGCAUUCGCGCUUCGGUCGCGCUCCACGCUGUCUGGUCAUCUGCCAGCUAGUGGAUCAUUAUGAAAUACGAUUACAGGAGCACGGCCAGCCGGAGUUUGUAGUCCACGAUCCAUCCAGCGUGCGCGUGCGCUAUUUACUGUUCUAUUCUGGUGUCAAAAAACGUAUUGAACUGCCGCUCAACUUUGCCAGCCGCCUGGACUAUAACAACAGCAACAUGGACAACAAGGCAAAGACAAAGAGAUCUGGCAAUAACCGCACGCUUUUUCGAAUAGCCCGUUGGCUGAAGAAACACGCCCUGAAAUUAAUUCAUCGGCAGUCCCCAGUCUAAAAUAAUCCAAACUUCAUUACCAUAACACA